AUGUCUGACUGUCGUCGGACGACCAAAGCGCUCAUUGAGACGUUGGAUGCCGUGACUCCCGUACAACCUCGAGCUCUUGCGGAAGAGAAGGGCAAGCUCAAGUCUCGCCGAACGAUCCUGCAGCUCUACGAGGACGCGAUAGUUCAUGUGCGCAACCUCCGGCUGAAGAGGCCAUGCCCGACAGGCGACGAGACGAGGCCAGCCAAGAAGAACAGUUACGCAGAUUUUCUCAGGACUCCGAAGACGUCUCAGGCCUCUAUUGACAGUCAGAUUUUCAUUCAUGGCAUGCUCUCCAGUCGCUCGCUCCUGUUCGUCGUGUGCUCGCUGCCUGAGCUGCAAGUCGUAGCCGCCAGUGAGGCUGUCGACAUGCUGUACCGAGACUCCCCGUCAGUCGGCAUCAUUGGACAGAAUCUCCUUCACUUCAUUCACUUCAAAGAUUUCUGGAAGGUCCGAAAGGUCGCCAGACAGGCUCAAGCAGGAGAGCUGGCAGGAGGAGAGAGCAAGGCCGAGGCGCUGAUGCAGGAGCAAUUCGAGGCGAAGCUUGCGACCUUCCUCGACGUCUCCUGUCGGGGUGUGGACAAGGAGUACAUGUGUCGAGGAAUCACCUUCACAGAAUUCUGCUGGUUUCCAGUCCAUGUCUCCCCUGAUGACAAGAUCGCCUUCAUCCUCCAGGAGAAGUCCAGCUCUCCUCCUCGUCCUCCAAGCGCUGCAGACGCGUUCGUCCCGAGCAUCCCUCGCUGUCCAAAUCGUUUUCGAUCUCGCAACGAACUGAGGAGGAUAAGCGCGACCUUCUACUUCGACGAGAUCUGCUCGACAGCCUUCCCUUGGAAUGUCGACGCGGCCAUGCAGAGGAUCCAGGCGAACGCGCAUCCUCCCUUCAUCCAGCGGGCGAUCUCAUCCAUGGCGUGGACGGAGUCAGCGAGGCGGGUGGUGCAGCGGAUCACGGGGGAUGUGGGGCAUGAGUACAGCUCGAGGACUACUUCGAGCCUCUCGCGCGUGGUCACCCGUAUGUGUCAGAUCCACGUCUUCGUGGACCUCAACGAGCACGGCGUGCCCUACCUCGUCUCUCACAUGCGCCUCCGCAUGCCGCAGUGGAUCGGGUCGAUCAAAACCCCCUGGGUCCUCAUCGAGACUGCCAACCUUGAUGGGUCUCCGACGCAGAUGCCGACGGCAGAGAACGACAAGUACGUCGGGUACUACCUUGACCAGAGCUCCCCUCCUGAUGAGCUCCACAUCUCCGCUCGCUUCUACGAGCGGGUUGACGGGCAGUACCGCUGUUACCACACGCGAACGACGGUGAUGCAACCUGACCACAUACACGGACGAUGCAUCAAAGUCUUCGGCGAAGUUUUCAAGUCUGCGACCGAAGCUCCUUACGAGUUCGUUCACGCGCUCAACAAGACGGAGGAAGCGGAUCCAGCGCUGGUGGAGUCACUGCGAGCAGCAGGAAACGCGCAGGCAAUCGGGGAGGCAGACAGCGCGACCCCAACGCCUGUGAUGCAGAUGGAGAACGUGGACAUGUCCACAGACCCGAGCUUCCUCGCGCUCCCCUCCUUCUAUGCUGAGAGGAACGGGUAUCCACACAAGUCCUCUCCGAGCACUCGAUUUUCAAAUUAA